UUUAAUCAAAAUAAGAAUUUCCUAAACACAUUCAGUUUUAAAAACUUCCUUUUACAUCUUUGCCAUUACCAUUGAAAAUUCGCUAAAAAUGUUAAGAGUACGAAAUCAUUCCUAUGCUCCAUAUUUGGAAAGAGAGGGUCGUCUAAUAUGUCCCAUGCCAAAACCUUCCAAUAUUGAAACCAACAAAAACUGGCAUACAAAUUUAAAGCCACACGAACGGCUAUUCUAUCAUCAAACAUUAGCCUCGGUAAGGGGAUGUAAACGUUAUCUGGCUUCUGCGAAAAUACCCAAAGAUUCAUUAGACUUUCAAUUGCAAUCACGGUAUAUCCACUCAAGAGAGUAUUUCCCGGAAAAAGUGGAUUUUGUUUUGCAAGUGGAAACUUGCCAGAGACUUCCGCAAACAUUUCGUGUUUUAAGAAAUACCAGGGAUAUACCAUUGGAAAAACCGGAAUUGAUAGGACAUCCUUUGAAAAUAGGUGGACUUAAGGAAAAGAUGUCUCCCCAUAGUGUUAAAUUAAUAAAUAGUGGACCUCAUACCCAAUUGGUCAACAAUGGCUAUUCGCGUCAACCAGCCGAUGGUAAUUUUUUCCGUUAUUAAAUAAUAU